AUGGCCACAGAAGUUAACACAAACGCAACCAAGAUCGAGCAGAUCGCUGAUACCGGAAAGACUCAUGUUACAACUGCCGGCAAAGACGCAGAUACCAAGAUUGAUGAGACCGCUAAGGGCUUUGACGACAAGGUACCUGAGGGGGCCAAGAGCACUGUAACCAAGGGUGUUGAUUCGGCCAAGGAGGGUGUUGAUGGCGGUGUCAAAGCUACCAACGAGGAAGUUGACAAGGCUGUCAAGAACGUUUCUGGCGGCGCCGACAGCAAGAAGCCUGCCACUGCUACUGGUGAGAAGUCCGAAGGUGGCUUCGCUAAGUUCAAGGCCAAGUUGAAGAAGAUGUUCAACUAA